UGGGCGGUGUUGGUUUAGUUCACGUUUUGCCGCAGUGAACGGAGGACAUGUGCGGUAGACUGGUUGAAGGUAAAGCACAAGGUGCGUUGCGUCAAUGAUGCAAUUUCGUUAUUAUUAAGUGAGUGUGACAGAGGACAUGUCGACCUACCAAUAUACGAAAUGUGCAUGCUUUUGGGAGUACCUGGUUCCCUUCACCAGAUUUUGGGGAGUCUUCACAUCAGUUAUUCUGUGUGGCGUGGGUGUCGACGUCACCUUCCACCGUCACUCAGUGGGCAUCUACAUCAUAAUAGGAGCAGUUGUGGUGUUCUUCCUGGAAAUCACGUGGGCAGUGACGUUGUUCCUACAAGUGUGCCUCAGGAACGAGUUCAGUCCGGCUUAUCGGUGCUGGGACGCGGUGCUGUGGCUGGACCGCUGGAAGAAGACUCUUCUGUACGUCGCUUUCUCAAUCCUGCUCUUCAUUUUCCCACAUCGACUGUGGCUCGCUUCUGUCGCAGGCAUAAUGCUGGUUCUGCUGGCCAGUUUAUACCUCCUACUCACGUGCAAGACUCUCUUCGAGACCAGAGACACGCUGCUUCAGAGCAGGGAGGAGAGUUAUGAUAGGUUUGAGGACAUACCUGAAGUGAUUGAUGACUCUUUGCCCGGACCGAUGCAUGACAGCCUGUCUGAUAGUUUGGUGGACCAGGACGUGAUCUUGGAGAUGUGACAAGCCCCCUCCCGUGCGCUCGACUCGGGCAACUGGAGCGAGGGCUUCAGCAUGGACAGUGACAACAAUCAGAACCUGAGUAGCUCCUCAGCCAGCAGCAGUUAGUUCACAGGAAACAGCUACCAACAUUUGUUUCCUUGCUGUAAGAAUGAUACAAAGUCUACAAAUUCAUGUGCAUCAGCAUUUUUAGCAUCUCUGAUCAUUUUAAACUCUUUUAGAGAAGAUCUUUUUACCUUCUGCAAAAGAAUAAAGGCAAUGUGGAAGACAAAUAAAAUUAUCAUUAAACAGAUAAAGAUAGACUGCUAAAGUGAAAUCGUAUGAAAAUGAAAAUUUAUUACUUUCCUGAAAUGCUUUAAAAAAAUAUGAAGGACAUUAUUAUUUUCAGGUAGGCUGGCAGAUAGGGCCUAAAUAAAAGAAAGACCAAUUUCACAAGAGAAGGAAUUUCUAAAUGUAAAAGACAGAACAGAGGACAUGAAAUUUCAGGCCUUUCAUUAAAAUUUACAUGUUUUUAAUAUUCUGCUAAUACGAUAACAAACGGAAUAUUUUCGGACUAAUCAAAGACUGUAAAUAGAAUUGUGUUUUACUGUUGCUGUAUGUCUUAAGAUUGGAGUUAAAGUCAGAUACUAUAAUAUAUAUUAAGAUUGUAGAUUUAUUUAAAUGUGGGUAUUUGAAUCUGACAAAUCCAAGACUGAUCUUUAUUUCCUUGCAACAAAUCUGCAACUUCCUUCCGUUAAAGACCUGAGAAGUCCAAUGCACUAUGAAUGAAAAACAAGUUUACUCUCCUUUAGAAGUGUUAAGGGAAAAGUAUGUAUGCAAAUUGUAUUUCUGAUAGGGGUGUUACAAAUAUUUUUAUACCACCCCUGCAUAUACUGUAGUAUAGCUCUAAGUCCAACCACUAGGUACCAAAGACUUCUUCUAGUGCCAAAAUGGAAGAUGCUCAAAAAUGUAUCUCACAUGCUCUGUACAUAUCUUCGUGACAUGGUUCUUAGCACCAGAAAACCUGUAUGCUUUCGUAUGUACCGGAAGUGAACGUUUGUAUACUAAAUUCUAGUGGAAGAUAUCAAGCAAUGAUAUUUUCUUUGGGCAGCUAGACAAUACUUCUGUUUCAUAAACUGUCACUCUAAUCGUCAUUAAUUCAUGACAGUGAGAGUUUCCAAAAGGGAAAUCCAUUCCAUUCUGAUACAGCUGACUGUUCAAAACUAAUUGCAAUUAGGAUCACUCACAGUGACAAUUUCAAAUCUUACAUCAUUUCAGAAACUUUUAAAUGUUUCAAAUAAUGACACUGAAAUACAGUUGUAAUGACUGCAGCCUGUAUGAAUUUCACAGACUCUGGAAGAAGAUACAUGCCAAUCCUAUAGCGUGAACUACUAUGGGCCCUGUGUAUGUGCAACAGUUACUACUUGCAGAUACAUUAACUAAACUUACUGCCAAAGAAGCUGUAACACCAUGAUUUAAGGUUUAUAAAAUAAAUACAUUCAGAAGCUCCAUAAAACCAGACUGUAUCAAUAUUAGGCAUUCUUUACAAAUUAAAGAGGAACACCUAAUAUGGAGGUCAUAUUUGUCUGUUCGUAAGCUAGUAUUGCCACCUGAAUCUCUUGACAGAUUUUCUUAAAACUCAACAUGGGAGACUUUUAAAUAAAAGUUGUUAGACCAUUAUGAUUUGCAGCCAUGUUGAUCUCUAAUAAAGCUUGGUUUAUAUAAGCCCAUAAAUGGAUUUUUCAUAUUUUGUAUUCAUAGAUUAUUCAAUAAAGCUUUCAUUAUUGAGAUCAUGUAGUGUCUGAUGGUUGGAUAACUGAUGAAUUUGUAAGGAUUUGCAAGGAAGUACUCAUGGCCUAAUCGAUGUACUGUUCCAGAAUUCACCUGUAGGGACUGAGAGAACUAUGGAAAAACUCAGUCUGGAUAACCAGUAUCCUAGCCAACAUUCAAAUCGAGCAACUACUGAAUAGAAGUCUAGAUUAUUACUUCUAGAUCAAUUUGUUCAACCCUUUCCCUCAUGAUUUACCAACUGCUUUUUAGUUAUUGUUGAAAUCCGAUGUAGGAGACUUUCACCAAGAGUAGUAGGGAAUUCUGAUUUUCAGCCAUAUUAAUCCAUAAAAAAGCCCAGUUUGCAUAUAAUAAUAUGAGUAAAUGAAAUUUUCCAUGUAUCCCACAAACCCUCUACAGAAUUUUUGGAAUUUAAUUUGGGAGGCUUUCAUUAAUUUCCUUUUUAUUGUCUCUAUUUUUGUGUAAUCUAAUGGCCUUCAGAGAGUGCUGCUGGUAAAAUAUGUAAUAUGUUAUGGAGUACACAAUUUCCAAUUUUGUUAAUUCCAGU